UAAUUCCUUCACCUCGCGCUUUGAUUGGUGGAGAGAGACGCUUCCGUUGACCUUUGUCCUUGGGUCACCCCUGGGACGUCUGUAUACGCAGCUUAGGAAAGGUUUCGGGGCGUGUUUCGUUUCGUUUCUGUGCUUCGGACGCCGAAUUGCUGAGAAAUGUGUAAUUUAGAGGUUUCCUAACGGUGCCGAGAUUUGAGCGGAUCCGUAGGAAGGGUCAGGACGAUGCCGUUCGGCGUGGAGGUGGAUAAAAAGACACUUGCGGCGGUGGGGGUGGGCGUGUUGGUGGGCGCAGGGUCGGCCAUGGUUUUCUCCUACCUCGCCAGGAUGAGAACCAACCCCCCGCACGCCUUACACGAGCGGCCCGCCACCGUCAGGGACCUGGCCAUGCUCCAGGACACCGUGGAGAAGCUGAAGGAGGAGGUGGUGGGUCUGCGGGAGAGGCUAGCGUCGUCGUCGGGAGGGAGGCGGAGGCGCGCCCGGGAGAACUCCGGCUUCGCCUCGGUGACGAGUGGGUCCGAGUACAUGUCCGUGACAAGUGGGGAUGAUGAUGAGGAUGAUGGAGGGUACAUGACCCCGCCUGAUACCGACUCGGACGUCGCGGCGGUGACGUUUGACGAGGGCGCGCUGCAGCUGUCUGAGCUGGAGGCCAGCCUGGUGCGAGUCGACACCCUCCAUAACGGCAGUCUGCAGAACAAGGAGGAGGCCUACAACAUGCUGCUGCAGCUCAAGGAAAAGCACAGCGGCAGUGCUGAAGUUCUGUGCAGAGUUGGUAAGGCUUCAGCAGCAUUUAACCAGCUGGGCAAACUCUGGAGAAACAAGAAACUGUCCCUCAAGACCAAGAUGCGCUUUUACAACAGCAACGUCCUGUCAACACUUUUGACGGAGAAGAAGGGGGCGCCCAAGGAUGAACUGGCGACAGACAGUGGAGAGGGACCUUCAGGCAGUCAGCAUGAGCUGGAAGGAAGCCUUGAGGCUGGCUGCUGA